AUGGCGCGUCUCGGCCGCGUUGGGUUCUUGGCCCUCGCAGUGGUAUUUCACCUCAUCUAUACAUACUCGAUUUUCGAUAUCUAUUUCGUCAGUCCUAUUGUGAGUGGUAUGCGCUCUUAUGGUGUCGAGCGUUCAACUGGAAAAAGUGCACCCGCUCAACGACUUGUUCUCUUCGUCGCCGACGGCCUGCGCGCCGACAAAGCCUUCCAAGCAUUCCCCGACCCGUCCCCAGAUGCCCAGGCGCAGUCCUCCGAAGAUCUGAUCCGAUUGGCACCAUUUAUUCGAUCAAAAGUCCAGUCACAUGGAACAUUCGGUGUCUCCCACACUCGGGUGCCCACGGAAUCUCGGCCGGGUCAUGUUGCUCUGAUUGCAGGCCUAUACGAGGAUGUUUCCGCAGUAACAACGGGCUGGAAGCUGAAUCCUGUGAAUUUCGACAGUGUUUUCAAUCGCAGUCGCCAUACAUGGAGCUGGGGGAGUCCGGAUAUUCUUCCCAUGUUCAAGGAGGGCGCAGAACCCGGUCGUGUUGAUGCGGAGAUGUACGCGGAGGAAGCGGAGGACUUCAGUCAAGACGCCACGCAUCUGGAUACUUGGGUUUUCGACAAAGUUCACGAGCUUUUUGAAGCUGCGAAAAGCGACCCGGCUCUUGAUCGAAAGUUGCGAGAGGAUAAAAUUGUUUUUUUCCUCCACCUUCUCGGAUUGGACACAACAGGUCAUGCUUUCAGACCUUACUCAAAAGAGUAUCUCAAUAACAUCAAGGUUGUGGACAAGGGAAUCCAAGCUGUCAAUAAGCUGAUGGAUGACUUUUACGGCGACGAAAAGACGGCGUUCGUGUUCACAGCAGACCAUGGCAUGAACGACAUGGGCAGUCACGGAGACGGGCACCCUGACAAUACGCGGACCCCUCUCGUCGUGUGGGGGUCAGGUGUCGCAAAGCCUGAGAUCACCAUGAAUGGAGUUGCUCCGGGGCAUGAAGAUGGAUUCUCGUCAGACUGGGGGCUCAAUCAGGUCCAACGCCACGACGUCGCACAGGCAGAUGUGGCAGCUCUGAUGGCGUACCUGAUAGGCGUCGAUUAUCCUGUCAAUUCAGUCGGCCAAUUGCCGUUGGGUUACAUUGACGCCAGCCCUCAAGAGAAGGCACAGGCUGCACUUGCAAACACGAAAGCAGUGCUUGAGAUGUAUCGGGUCAAGGAAGAGCAAAAGAGACAUGCAGUACUUCGUUACGUUCCCUUCGAACCUCUUUCUGGGGACGGUGAGACUUCAAUCGAGGGACGAUUCGCCAAUCUGGAAGCACUCAUCUCGAACGAAGCCUAUGAAGACUCCAUUGCCCUGUCUUCGGAGCUUCUGACGCUUGGUCUUGAGGGCCUGCGUUACCUACAAACAUACGAUUGGCUCUUCUUGCGAACCGUGGUCACCUUUGGAUACUUGGGAUGGAUCGCAUACGCCAUGACCACAGUUAUCGAUCUUCAUGUCUUGCAUGGCGCGACCGACUCCAACCGUACUAUUGCCAGUAUCUCAUUCUUCUCAGCAGUCCUAACGGCCCUAUUCUCGGUCUUCUUUUACCAAGGGUCCUCCUGGAGAUACUACUUUUACGCUUUCUUCCCUGUAUUUUUCUGGGAGGAAGUCUUCGCCCGACGCAAGGCGCUGAUUGCAGGUCGUCAGAUUCUACUUGGUCAUGUGCACUCGUUCUCUGGAUAUCUUGUCUUCAGUAUCCAAGCAUUGGCGUUCAUUGGAGUCCUAGAAGCCCUCGUUCAAUCUUAUUUCCGUCGUGAAAUUUUCACUAUCGGGUUCGGUCUGGGGGCGUUGUGGCCCUUGUUCUAUGGCCUUAAGUUCGUCCGUGAACAUGCCUUCUUGACCGUGACGUGGGCUCUUGGAUGCUCUUUGAUGAGUAUCUUCACGCUUCUCCCUGUUUUGAAGGUCGAAAACUUGGACACGAUCACCUACGGCGGUCUCAUCAUGUUCUUGACCGGCGUGCUUUAUCUUCUGUUCGAAGACUCAAUCCUCGACCAUGGCAGUAAUGUCUCACAAGUCUCAAAGCGUACCACGAUUGGCUCCCGCAUUAUCAUGGGGCUGCAGGUCGGUAUGGUGCUUCUUGCCCUAGUCGUAACUCGGUCAAGCGUAGUAGCAUUGCAAGCUCGUGAAGGUCUUCCCUUAGGCAACCAGGUGGUAGGCUGGUUCGUGCUUGUUGCGUCGCUAUCUUUGCCAUUCUUCCACCGAAUCUAUCCAAACAAAAACUACCUCCAUAGGCUCAUGGUCAUCUUCCUGACUUUCUCGCCAACUUUCAUUAUAUUGACGAUCUCAUGGGAGGGUCUCUUUUACUUUGUCUUUUGCAUGACUCUUGUCACAUGGGUCCGUCUCGAGCACGCGAUAUACGUGCAUAGCUCAGGUUCAGCUUCCAGGCCCUUAAACUUUGCUAUCAACGGCUCCGCAGGUACUUCACCUUCGGUACCGAAUACUGCUACAGCCACCACCACAGUCGACGGUCAGUCGUACAGCUACCGCGCAUUGACACUGUCUGACACUCGUGUCGCAUUAUUCUUUUUCUUCUUGCUUCAGUCAGGCUUCUUCAGCACCGGGAAUGUGGCCUCAAUUUCUACUUUCUCACUUGACAGUGUCCGCCGUCUGAUUCCUAUCUUCGAUCCGUUUGCCCAGGGAGCGCUGUUGCUUUUGCAAAUCCUAAUACCUUUUGCCAUCAUCAGUGCCAAUCUGGGAAUUCUCAAUCGUCGUCUUGAGGUUGCGCCCAGUGCCCUCUUCAUGGUCGUCAUGUCCAUUUCAGACGUGAUGACCCUCAAUUUCUUUUAUAUGGUGCGAGAUGAGGGCUCGUGGUUGGACAUUGGCAUGACCAUCAGUCACUUCUGUAUCGCCAGUGCACUCUGCACUUUUGUUGCAGGGUUGGAGUUUCUCAGCGAACAGUUUGUCAGCGGAGUUGACUUCACUGACAAGACUCAAGGGCUAGGGGCUGCUGCCGUGCAGGCUGUGACAGACUCCAUCACAUGCGGUCAUGAGGGAUCUGUUGAACCGCAACGAAGUCCCGACAAGAACUCCGCAGAUCAGAAGGAGGCGAUCAAGUCCCAGUGA